AUGAUGCAUCAUGGAAGGGAGCUGAGAGAAAGCAAGAAAAGACGAAGAGAGGUGAAUGAAAUACUCAACAACGAUAUAUUAGAAGAAAUUAUGGUGAGGCUUCCCGUGAAAACUCUGAUUAGAUUCCAAACCGUCUCUAAACAGUGGAGACGUAUGAUAACGUCAAGGUCUUUGAAAGAGAGAUACUCAUUUGCCCUAAAGACGAUGAGUUUGGAAUGGUCUUCGACUUGUCUGGUCGAAGAAGAAGAAGAAUAUCAUAUUAGUAAUGAGCACGAAGAGAGAAUCUUGCUAGUUUCCGAGAGUCUGGAUGGUAUUUUCUGCUUAUGUAGCGGUACGGACUUCAUACGACCAAUUAAGCUGAUAAACCCAGCUACAAGAUGGUCUUGGACACUCCCUCUUGCCAAGAUUCAGAUAGAACAUUCUCCAGACAACAACAAAGUAGAUUUCCCUCGCUCAGGAUUUGGAAAAGACCGCCCAGGAUUUGGAAAAGACUACGUCACAGGAACAUACAAA